AUGAGCUCAGGCGAUCCACCAGCAUCGACGUUAUUACGCGACACAACCCAUAUGCUGAGCGAUCUGGUCAUCAAUGAUGCGGACGGCAGCGGCAAUGACGAUUCUCCCAACUUAAAAGCCCAAGACGAUCCGCCAUCGCCAUUCUGGAAUAGAAGCAGUGUAUCUCAUUCAACUGCAGCACGACGACGAAGGAGGUUGGCGGCUAGCUCACAGCACAUGGGCAUGCAUUCUUCCUAUGUACGACCCACCGAAGAUAUUUUCAAUGCCAACGAUCCUCGAAUCAAGGAGGACAUUCUCGGGAUUAUUAUGCAAUACCUGGCCGAUGAAGGGUUCCACGCGUCACAAGCAGUUCUUUACGACGAGACCAAUGUUAAAUGGAAAGAGCGUGAGGAACGGACCAUUGAAGUCAAGAGACUCAAAAAAGCUAUCCUUGACGGGGAUUGGCAAGAAGUCGAGAAGCUAUGCACCAAACCACUCGUCAAGAAUCAUCGAUCAUUUUUAUACUCCAUUUACAAGCAGCAGUAUCUCGAAUACAUUGAAAGGAGGGAGGUUCAAAAGGCCUUUACCUUUUUAAAUAAGCGGCUAAAGCCCUUGGAGCAUCUACAAACAAGACCCAAUGAAUUCAAGGAUCUAUGUUAUUUAUUAACAGCCAAAUCAAUCCACGAAGCCCCAAGUUUCAAGAACUGGGAAGGUAUUAUGGGUGCUAGAGAAAAUCUCGUGGAUCAGUUACAAAGCAUGCUUGAUUUUGAAACGGCCGAUCGCAAUGGUAGUCGUUAUAUCCCACCUAGCCGAUUAUUGACACUCCUCCGACAAGCUGUGGCAUAUCAAAUCGAGUUUUCUCGAUACCAUCCCAAGGUCGCUCCUGCAGUUCAUUCCCUUCUUGAAAACUAUACAAGCUUUGUGAUCCCCAAUGCAACCGCCAACAUCCUAUCAGGUCACAGAAGGAAUGUAAAGUGUGUCGAAUUCAUUGGUGAGGAAGGACAAGAGAUUGUAUCAGGGUCAAGCGAUAAUACAUUACGGAUAUGGGGCACGGAGACGGGUGAAUGUCACGCUAUAUUGGAAGGACACACGUCACGGAUAUGGGACGUGUCAACGACUACGCAAGGUGAUUUUGUAGCAAGUGCCAGUGGUGAUGGCACUGUCAAGGUGUGGAACCUUAAAGAUUCCUUGCCGCAAUGUGCGACUACCUUGACUGGCCAUUCUGGUGAUGUUUAUUCGGCUCGGUACCAUCCACAUCAGGAUUAUAUUGUGACAGGUGGUUACGAUAAAAGUGUGCGUCUCUAUGAUAUCAACACGGGUGCCGUGAUCAAGACCUUCCAAGGCCAUCAACUCGCAGUGACCAAGACUAUUUUCAAUCCUUUGGGCAACCUGGUUGUCAGCGGCUCCAAGGACAAUACCAUCAAGUUUUGGGAUAUCGUAUCUGGCCUUUGUAUUCGCACCAUUUCUUCGCAUCUUGGAGAAGUGACUUCCGUAGAAAUGAAUUCAAGCGGGACCUAUCUUCUCAGCAGCUCCAAGGAUAAUUCAAAUCGACUAUGGGAUGUCCGCAUGGUACGGCCCAUCCAGAAGCUCAAAGGACAUCAAAACACAUCCAAGAACUUUAUUCGAUCAUGUUUUGCCGAUAACAGCCUUAUUGUGGGUGGAUCAGAGGACGGGGUUGUCUACAUUUGGGAUCAAGAUACAGGCGAAGUGUUACAAAAGCUCCGUGGGCAUUCGGGUGUUGUGUAUGAAGCAGCAUGGAACGCAAAGCAGGGUUUACUUGCUAGCUGUAGUGAUGAUCAAACCGUGCGUGUCUGGUGCUAUGAUGAAAAGGUAAUUGAUAUUGCAUGGGAUGUUCACUAG